GUGGUCAACUGGAGCUUAUGAUUACACUAAUGACUGCACACAGACCUACCGCCCUUCAAAGUUAAUCUUUGUAGUGAGACCUAGAAAGCACGAUGGAAUAACUCAGUUAUCACUCGGAACUUUAAAUGUUGCUCUAAAUGAAUUAACUUAAAAUGAAUGGCCAAGAAGAGUCUCCGACUUUGAGAAGAAAGGUUCCCAGUAAGUCUCUUCUUCUGGCUGUCUGGGCAGCUGGCAUCGGUGGAACGUUUCAAUAUGGGUACAAUAUAUCUAUCAUAAACGCACCUACCAAGGCUGUACAGAACUUCAUUAAUCAGACAUGGACUGAGCGCUACAACACUGAAAUCUCCACCCAGGUGCUCACACUCCUCUGGUCCACCAUAGUGUCCGUAUUCACUCUCGGUGGACUUGUGGGAGCGUCUGUGGGGGGAACUCUGGCCAUUAGAUUUGGAAGGAAAGGGACACUACUGUUCAACAACGCCUUUGCUCUGUUGGCUGCUUUCUUCAUGGGCUUGAGUUAUCCCUCCAGCACUUUUGAGCUUUUAAUCGUUGGACGCUUCCUGACGGGAGUAAACGCAGGUAUCGCAAUAUGUGUGCAGCCCCUGUAUAUUGGUGAGAUCGCACCUAGAGCUCUGCGUGGUGCCAUGGCGAUGGGAACUUCCAUUUUCAUCACCGGAGGGAUCCUCACAGGACAAGUGAUUGGCCUCAAUGAGUUGUUAGGUAAGGAGGAGUACUGGCCCAUCCUCUUGUCCACCGUCUGUAUUCCAGCCAUAAUGCAGCUGCUGACUUUUCCCUGGUUCCCCGAGAGCCCUCGCUACCUGCUCAUCGACCGCGGAGAUGACGACGCCUGCAAAAAGGCUCUAAUGUGGUUCCAUGGCCCGGAUAAGUACCACGGAGAAAAGGAGGACAUAGAGAGAGAGAGAGUCAGCGCUGUUGGUAUUAAACCCAAAAAGCCCUGGGAGCUUUUUACGGACACUAGUCUUCGCUGGCAGCUCUUGACCCUCGUCGUGAUCCACACGUCCCAGCAACUCAACGGCAUUAAUGCGAUUUAUUUCUAUGCAGACUACAUGUUCACCCAGGCUGGGAUUCCAGCUGCCAAGAUUCCAUACGCUACAGUGGGAACUGGAGCUUGUGAGUGCAUCACCGCACUGACAUGUGGUCUUCUGAUUGAAUCUUUGGGAAGAAGAGCUCUGAUUAUAGGUGGAUACUCUCUCAUGAGCGUGUGCUGUGUCUGUUUCACCAUCGCCCUCACUUUUCAGGAGUCCAGCCCUUGGGUUCCCUACCUUAGUAUGAUUUGUGUUUUUGCCUUCAUUCUCAGUUUUGGCCUUGGACCAGGUGGUGUGACAAACAUUUUAACAACAGAGCUGUUUACCCAAACCGAUCGGCCUGCUGCGUACAUGAUCGGUGGAUCUAUCAACUGGAUCGCUUUCUUCUUCAUUGGCAUGAUCUUUCCAUUUAUUGUGAAUGGACUAAAGCAGUACUGCUUCCUUGUUUUCCUCGUUGUCUGUUGCUUGGUGGCCACUUACAUCUUCUUUGUGGUCCCUGAGACCAAGAACAAGACCUUUCUAGAGAUUCAGAGUGAGUUUCACUCGAGAAAGAAGCUCAUUGCUGCCAAUGGUACCGAGGGCCAUCUACUGUCCACACCGAUGUAAAACAAAUGAUGCAUUUACAAAGCACAGUAUUUUAAAGGGCUUUAUUAUGUCUGUGUACUUAUGUAUGAAUGUGCUAAAAAUACCUGGAAAUGUAAAUCCAGAAAAUAUCUGUAAAAUUUGUGACACAGACACUGCACUACAUCAUGUGCCUUCAAAAUGAAUACCGCCUUUUACAUCAAGGAAAGUCACAUGAUGGUAGGGACUUUCAAUAGCCUAGUAUUACAUCUUGUAUGUGUUGUAUACAAAUGAAAACUACUAUGCAAAAAUAUUACAAAGUAGCCUACUAUUUUGAAUCAGUGUACUAGGCUACUUGUAUCUGUAAUUACUUUUUAUCUUUAAUUCUGUAAAAUGGAUCCAUAUUAUAAUCUUAAGCAAGAAACAUCUCAUGAAAUCAUAGAAUUAAUCAUACUUGAAUUUAUUUUAAUGUGAGCAACAGUUUAAAGGAAAUGUUUGCAAGACACAAUUGUUUGUAUCUUUCACACACAGUCAGAUAUUUUGUAUUCUUAACAUUCUCAAAGUUUGCAGAUACUACAAGCACGAAUCCACUGUGUGAAUCAAGCUUGAAUUCACUUCAUUUUAAAGCCAACAAACAUUUUUUUUUCAGUGUACAAUGGUAGUUUUUCACAGUUCU